AGUAGCGGCAAGUGCAUUUUUUUGAUUUUAUCGGAGCACUGAAGCGCUCCUUCGCGGUUCCGCCCUUCGGGCGCCACAUCCGGUGAUUUCAUAAAAUCCCCAUUUAAACAUCCAAUUUGUCCCCUUUCUGGGGAGCCGCCGGCGUUUCUCGGGGACAACGUGUCGGAACAGCUCGACGCUGCGAGCGCAAAGGCCGAUUUUCCGACGUAACGGGAUGCUCGCCAACUACACACGUACUCAUGACCUCACGCGCCAGCGAGCUGGUGCGUCCGGCCAUUCGAGCGCGGUCUGUCCGGGCCGGCCGACCCGAAUGAAUUAGUGGCAUCAAACGAUGGAUAUGAAUAAAAAAGACUGCAGACCGAACCCGCUGGCCGCCGCCGGCCUGCUAUCAAGGGUCUUUAUGUGCUGGUUGACCCCGUUGAUGUACCAUGGCCACAAGCAGAGCUUGGAGGAAUGUGACAUGUUCAGCGUUCUUCCAGAGGAUCAGUCGGAAAUACUGGGAGAGGAACUCCAGAGAAUUUGGGACCGUGAAGUUAAAAAGGCCACAAAGGAACUCAGGAAGCCAAAGCUCUCCAGAGCUCUCAUCAAGUGCUACGGGACGUCCUACGCGCUGGCUGGGAUUUUCACUUUUACACUGGAGGCAAUCAAAGUGGUCCAGCCACUUCUUCUGGGGAAAAUCAUCCUGUACUUUGAGAACUAUGACCCAGACGACCAGACGAGUCUUCACGAGGUUUAUGGUUACGCUGCUGCGAUGUCCCUCUGCACUUUCGGCCUGACCAUCCUCCAGCAUCUCUACUACUACCACGUCCAGAGAACAGGCAUGAAGAUCAGAGUGGCCAUGUGUCACAUGAUAUACAGGAAGGCUCUCGGUCUCAACAGUGAAUCAUUGGUGCACACGACCACGGGACAAAUUGUGAACCUCCUCUCCAAUGACGUCAAUCGCUUUGAUGAGAUUACACUCAACCUGCACUACCUGUGGGUGGGACCUCUUCAGGCGAUGGUUAUCAUCCUUUUACUUUGGUACGAGAUCGGACCGUCAUGUCUGGCCGGUGUGGCCGUCAUGGCCCUCAUGCUGCCUGUGCAGACCUGGUUUGGAAAGCUCUUCGGCGUGUUCAGGAGUAAAACUGCAGUCCUCACUGACAACAGAAUCCGCAUCAUGAACGAGGUGGUGUCUGGCAUCAGGAUUAUCAAGAUGUACGCCUGGGAGAAGCCCUUCUCUGCACUGGUCACUGAAAUCAGAAGGAAAGAGAUCGAUCAGAUACUGAAGAGCUCCUACCUGCGAGGACUCAACAUGGCCUCCUUCUUUGCCAGCAGCAAGAUCAUCGUCUUCGCCACCUUCACGGUCUACGUUCUCCUGGGCAACGCCAUCACUGUCAGCCGGGUGUUUGUCACGGUGUCCUUGUACGGGACAAUCAAGCUCACGGUCACGCUGUUCUUCCCCCUGGCCGUCGAGAAGCUGUCGGAGACGGUGGUCAGCGUUCGCAGGAUUAAGGCUUUUCUACUGCUGGAAGAGAUUGAGAGAAAAAAGAUUGGUUUUUGUCGGAAGGAAAAAAUAGAAAACUCUGUUGAGAUUGAGGAGUUGACCUGCUACUGGAACAAGAGUUUGGACUCCCCAUCGCUGCAGAACAUCUGUAUCACGCUGAAGUCGCACCAACUUCUGACCGUCAUCGGCCCGGUGGGAGCUGGAAAGUCAUCUCUGCUAAGCGCCAUCCUGGGAGAGCUGCCUCACGACGCAGGCGUCCUGAAGGUCAAAGGUCGGCUGACCUACGCUUCCCAGCAGCCCUGGGUGUUUCCUGGAACCAUUCGCAGUAACGUCCUGUUUGGGAGAGAGCUGGACCCCAAGAAGUAUGAGACGGUCCUCAGGGCCUGCGCUCUGAAGAGGGACCUGGAGCUCCUCCCAGAUGGAGACCUCACUCUCAUCGGGGACAGAGGCGCUACACUCAGCGGGGGACAGAAAGCUCGCGUCAACCUGGCGAGGGCUGUGUACCAGGAUGCAGAUGUCUACCUCCUGGAUGACCCUUUAAGUGCUGUGGAUGCCGAGGUCGGGAAACACCUUUUUGAAAAGUGCAUCUGUGGCCUCCUGAAGAACAAAUCUCGGAUCCUGGUCACCCACCAGCUGCAGUACCUGAAGGCAGCCGACCAGAUUGUGGUCCUCAAGGAGGGUCACAUCAUGGCCCGCGGCACUUACAAUGAGCUGCAGUUCUCUGGCGUCGACAUCGACGCCCUGCAGAAGAUCAACGAGGAGCAGAAGCGAUGCGCUCUGCUGUCUGACCCGGACAACGCGUCCUUACUCAGCCAGAGGACGAACCACUCGCGCUGCUCUGACAGCAGCCUGCUGCCCCCAGAAAGCCCCUCAGCCGACCAGCUGCCGGUUGAAGCCGUUCAUACCAUGGCGGAGGAGACCAGAGCCGAGGGGAACAUCAGCGGUGACAUUUAUCUGAAGUACUUCUCUGCAGGCUGCAGCCCUCUGGUGUUGAUGGUGAUCGUUCUGCUGAGUGUCAUCGCUGAGGUUGCAUAUAUUCUGCAGGACUGGUGGCUGGUCUACUGGGCACGACAGGAGUUUCUUAACUGCACAGCCGAACCCAUUGGAAUCGACACAAGCGUCAAUGCUACUCACCCAGUUCAAGAGCUCAAUCUCAAAUUUUACCUCGGGAUUUAUUCGGGUUUGACAGCGGCUGCCGUGGUAUUCGGCUACACCAGGAGUCUGGUGAUCUUUCGAGGGUUGGUGAUGUCCGCUCAGGUUCUGCACAACAACAUGUUCAGCGCUGUCCUUCAAACUCCCGUUCACUUCUUUGACGUCAACCCCAUAGGAAGAAUUCUCAACAGGUUUUCCAAAGACAUCAGCCAGAUUGACUCCACGUUACCCAUCACCUUUGUGGACGUCUAUCAAUUGUUCUUUCAGAAUGUUGGCGUUGUUGCAGUCGCUGCCUGUGUCAUCCCUUUCAUCCUCAUCCCCGUCAUUCCUCUGCUUGUUGUCUUCUUGUACUUGAGGCGUUUCUACCUCUGCACGUCGCGGGAUGUCAAACGACUUGAAUCUACAACUCGCAGUCCGGUGUUCUCCCACCUGUCGUCAUCUCUUCAGGGCCUGUGGACCAUCCGAGCCUUUGGAGCAGAGGAGCGGUUGAUGAGAGCCUUUGACGCACAUCAGGACCUGCACUCGGAGGCCUGGUUUUUGUUCCUGAUGACCUCCCGCUGGUUUGCGCUUCACCUCGACGCCAUUUGCGCCCUACUCAUCACCUUCUCGACAUUUGGAUGCAUCCUACUCCGAGAUGGGCUGAAGGCUGGAGAAGUGGGCCUGGUGCUGACCUACGUCGUGACCCUGGUGGGAAACUUUCAGUGGACGGUGAGGCAAAGUGCCGAGGUGGAGAACAUGAUGACCUCGGUGGAGCGAGUGGUGGAGUACACUGAACUGGAGAGCGAAGCACCCUGGGAGACUGAGAAGCGCCCUCCUCCCGAUUGGCCCAGCAAAGGCCUGGUGACCUUUGACCGGGUCAGCUUCUCCUACAGCAGGGGUGGACCGCUGGUCCUCAAAGACAUCAGCGCCACCUUUCAGCCCAAAGAGAAGGUCGGCGUUGUGGGUCGAACAGGUGCUGGGAAAAGCUCUCUGGUCUCCGUUCUGUUCCGCCUAGCAGAGCCUCAGGGCAAGAUCUACAUCGACGGGGUCCUGACCUCUGAGAUCGGCCUCCACGACCUGCGCCAGAAGAUGUCCAUCAUUCCUCAGGACCCGGUGCUGUUCACAGGCUCCAUGAGGAAGAACUUGGACCCGUUCGACCAGCACAGUGAUGAAGAACUGUGGAAGGCUCUGGAGGAGGUGCAGAUGAAGCCUGUGGUGGAGGAGCUGCCGGGGAAGUUGGAGACGGUUCUGGCCGAGUCGGGCGGCAACUUCAGCGUGGGCCAGAGGCAGCUGGUGUGUCUGGCCAGAGCCGUACUGAGAAAGAACCGCAUCCUGGUGAUCGACGAGGCCACAGCCAACGUGGACCCCAGGACGGAUGAGCUGAUCCAGAAAACGAUACGGGACAAGUUCAGUGAAUGCACCGUGCUCACCAUCGCUCACCGGCUCAACACCAUCGUAGACAGCGACAGGAUACUGGUGCUGGACAAUGGUACCAUCCAGGAGUUAGACAGUCCUUUUACCCUGCUACAAAACAAAGAGGGGGCUCUCUACAGGAUGGUGCAGCAGACGGGCCCGGCCGAGGCAGCAGCCCUACUAAAAUUAGCCAGGCAGGCAAUAAAGAAGUCUUGACAGCUGAGCCAGACAUAAGUAGUGUGAGACCUUCCAUCACACUCAAAGAAGAUGCCCAAUCUACCUGCUAAUGAUUGCCCUUUAAUCAUAUUUAUCAGUGCUACACGAAUAAGCUGGUCUUCCCAUGCAACUGUAUAAAAAUGUUUCUAUGAUACUUCCAGAACAGUUACAAAUGGUGCUUUAAUUGACUCAAACUUUUGUAUAGAAUUUAUCAUAAAGAUUAUUCAAAGUCAAA